AUGCCUCGGAAGCGUCCUCAGCUUCAUCCAGAAAGUAGCUGUGCGCUUUGCCAAUCUGAAGAUAAUAGCCGGAUGGUUUGUUGUGAUCAAUGUCACAAAUGGUAUCACUUUGACUGCGUCGAAGUAACAGAGGACGUAGCUGACCACGAAUGGAGCUGUACGAAUUGCGUAAAUCCAACGCCAGAUGGUUUGGUUCCACCUGUUCCGAUACCAGCUACAGUUCCCAUUGCGCCAGGAAUAUCUUCUCAGCUGCCCUUGGACCUACAGCUUAAAUUGCUAGAAGAAGAACGGGCCAUCGAACGGAAAUUUCUCCAGCGAAAAUAUCAACUGAUGAUGGAAGCAUCCGGACUGGGAUACAACCGUCCUUCGACCUCCCAAUUUACGACGGAUUAUAGUUUUCGACCGCCAGCAAACCAUUCAUCCCCAUUAGCGCCGGUUCCCCCUACCGCACCAGAGCUUAACCUCCUCGAAGGCACGGGUGUAGCAAACGAGACAGCACUGCUCAAUUCGAGCCAAAUUGCUGCUCGUCAUGCGGUGGCUAAGGAACUACCCAUCUACAGUGGUGAACCAGAAGAAUGGCCAUUAUUUUUUGCCACAUAUGAAAAUACUACUCGGCUGUGUGGGUACACUCCAGAAGAGAAUAUUGUACGGCUACAGCGUUGCUUACGGGGGAAAGCGAUGGAGGCGGUUAAGUGUCAGUUGCUGCACCCGGCUAAUCUGCAAUACGUUCUUUCGACUUUGAAGAUGCUUUUCGGCCGUCCGGAGAUAAUCGUACACACACUCAUCGAAAAACUCAACAGGAUUCCAACACCCAAGGCGGAUAAGCUCAAUACGCUCGUGGACUUUGCUUUAGCUGUCCGGAAUAUGGUCGCAACGGUGAAGGCAUGCAACCUGGAGGAGCAUCUGUGCAACAUUACCCUCCUCCAAGGUUUGGUAGAACGACUACCACCGAUGGUAAAAUUGAAUUGGGCUACCUACCGCAUGCAAUUAGCGCGCAUCUCGUUGCUGGAAUUUAGUGACUGGUUAUAUACUGUAGCAGAAGCAGCAAGUGCGGUAACAAUGCCAUCCGUUUCUACAGCUCCCGACAGCAAGUAUCGUCGCGGUAGUCACAAAGAAGAUGGAUUUCUAAAUGUUCACACUGAGCAAUCGUCAGCACCCAGGUAUGUGGAGGAAUGGCGUAACGGUUGCUUGAUUUGUCGCGAGUCAUGCAGUGGUGUCGAGAAGUGUCGGAAGUUUCUCGAACUAGACCAUCCCGGCCGUUGGGCCGCAUUGCGGGACAACAAAUUAUGUCGAACGUGUUUAGGAUCCCAUCGAGGUCUAUGUAGGUCCGGCAAGAUCUGCGGUCAGAACGGUUGCACCUUUAAACAUCAUUUCCUGUUGCACAACAACCAUAACGACAAAUCGGUAAAUUCUGGUAGAUAUUCAUCCCGCUUAAACAAAAUUGGAAAUGCAACAACCAACGCCACUACCAGCCAGUACAAUUUCAACACCCAUAAGGGAAACGAGACGUCGGUGAUGUUCCAAUACAUACCUGUGGCGCUCCACCACCAAGGACGUACCAUACACACUCACGCAUUCAUCGAUUGCGGCUCACAGAUGACGUUAAUCGAAAAAGAUUUAGCAACCGAACUGGAUCUUCGUGGAGAAAAGCACCCCCUGUGCAUUCGUUGGACAUCCGAUCAUUGCCGUUUCGAGGACUCAGCUGAACGCGUCUCACUACAAGUGUCGGGAACGAAAAAUAACUACAAGUUCACUAUUUCCGACGUAUUCACCGUGAAGGAUUUGAAACUGCCGACACAAUCCCUCUCUGUAGCUAAAAUGUGUGAAAAAUAUACCUACCUUAGAGGAUUACCAGUAGAGUCUUAUGAUCGCGUACACCCCCGCCUUCUCAUCGGCAUGAACAACAUUCGGCUAGGUCACGCACUGGAUAGUCGUGAGGGUAAGGAAAACGAGCCGAUAGCAACAAAAACGCGACUCGGAUGGACGAUUUAUGGCACCUUCUCGAACGAUGAUCGAAAGCUAUCCACCGCACCGUAUAGUUUCCACAUUUGUUCGCACUUCCACGAGACCGAAGAUGACCUUCACACUGUCGUGAAGAACUUUUUCGCCUUAGAUAGUCUGGGCAUUUCUGCGCCUUUGAAGGAAUCACUAUCUGCUGCUGAUAAACGGGCAAUGGAAAUUUUACGUUCGAACACGAUAAUUAGGAAUGGUCGUUACUGUACAAGCCUUUUGUGGAAAUACGACGAUGUCCGUUUACCCAACAACAAGGCCAUGGCCCUCAGACGUCAUCACUGCCUUGUGAAGCGGAUGAAACGCGAACCAACAUUAGGUGAGAUGUUGAAAAUGAAGAUUGCUGGGUACGUACAAAGGGGUUACAUUCGGAAACUAUCAUCUGAAGAGAAACGUGUCUCUGGAAAUCGCGUCUGGUACCUACCCAUUUUUCCCGUGUUUAACCCAAACAAACCAGGGAAGGUACGACUUGUCUGGGACGCCGCAGCAUCAAUGGGAGGCAUCUCGCUAAACUCCGUUCUGCUUAAGGGACCGGACCAACUAAGACCUUUGCCAUCUGUGCUGUACCAGUUCCGGGAACAUUCCGUGGCUAUUUGUGGCGACAUUGAAGAAAUGUUUCACCAGGUUGAGGUGAAUGAAGAUGAUCAACAAAGUCAACGUUUUCUUUUCCAUGAUACCGAUGUGGACGAACCAGAUGAAUACAUUAUGAAGGUUAUAACCUUUGGCGCCUCUUGUUCGCCCAGCAGCGCGCAGUUCAUCAUAAACAAAAACGCGGAACGUUUCAAGGAACAACUGCCAGUAGCGGUUGGUGCUAUCCGCAAUAAUCAUUACGUUGACGAUAUGCUUGCGAGUGUCAACACAGAAGAAGAAGCCAUACAGCUCGCGAAGGACGUUCAUUUCAUUCAUGAGCAAGGUGGGUUUAAAAUGAGAGGUUGGAUCUCGAAUUCACCGAACGUUAUGAAAGCGCUUAGCAGCGGUGAUGUUCCGGAAAAAAGUAUGGAUGUCACCUCAGAUAUAGCCCUGGAGAAAGUCCUGGGAAUGUGGUGGAAUACCGAAUCAGACGACUUUCGGUUCAAACUGUCCAAGGAACGACAUGCUGACCUUCUUUUCGGUACCAAGCAUCCUACUAAACGAGAGGUACUCAGUGUGCUCAUGUCCAUCUACGACCCUCUCGGAUUGAUUGCCAACUUUCUAAUGCCGCUGAAGCUGUUGUUGCAGGAAGUCUGGCGUUCCGGCGUGACUUGGGAUGAACCAAUUGAAUCCCGACAACUGCAAAAAUGGAAAGCCUGGUUAUGCUACUUGCCACAAGCCAGUUCAGUGCGUAUUCCUCGGUGCUACAUUUCGAGGUCAACCGGAAACGAGAUGAUGAUCGAGCUCCAUACCUUUGUGGAUGCUAGCGAGUUGGGCUACUGUGCGGUGUCUUACUUACGAUUUGAGCAAGAGGAUCGCAUCGAGUGUGCUUUGGUCGGUGCUAAAACAAGAGUCGCCCCCCUCAAAUUCGUAUCGAUCCCUCGUCUAGAGCUCCAAGCGGCAGUAAUUGGCACCCGCUUCGCUAAAAGCAUUCAGGAAGGACAUUCUAUCGAAAUAGUACGUCGUUUCUUUUGGACCGACGCUGCAGAUGUUCUAUGUUGGCUCCGCUCAGACCAUCGCACGUACUCACCUUUCGUAGCCUUUCGUGUGAGUGAAAUUUUGGAAUCGACCGACAUUUCCGAAUGGCGAUAUGUACCAACUAAAGAAAACGUUGCAGAUGAAGGAACAAAAUGGCAUCGACAUCCGAAAUUUGACGCUGAGAGCCGCUGGAGAAGAGCAUCAUCAUUCUUGCGAAGACAUAAAGAAGAAUGGCCUGUGGAACCAUCACGCCAGAAGUCGACUACAUUAGAAUUGCGGACAAGUUUACUUCACCACACAGUAGUACCUAUUCGUGACUUCUUACCGCAAUAUCUGUUCUCUAGUUGGCGUCGCCUGCUUCGUGUUACUGCUUUAGUUUUGCGCUUCCCAGCAAACAUCAGAAGAAGAAGAGCAAACAAGACCCCAUUAACCGGUCCCCUAACACAGGAAGAACUGUUACGAGCCGAAAUGUUCAACUAUAAACGUGCCCAGCAAGAUGUUUACGCAAACGAAUUGGCAUUAUUAAACGCUACAAAACCGAUGCAAGGUAUGUCUGUUCUCCCUAAAAGAUGUGCGCUUUACAAACUUAAUCCAUCGAUCGACAAUGAGGGAGUCAUGCGUAUUCACAGUCGUAUUGACGCCUGUGAUUAUGCUGAUAGUUUUACCAAGUAUCCAAUUGUACUACCACGCGGGCACGCGCUCACUAAAUUGGUUCUUCAAGAAAUUCAUGAAAAAUAUCAUCAUCAGUGUAUCGAAACAUUCGUUAAUGAGACCAGGAAAAAAUUCUACAUUCCCAAAGUACGCAUGGAGUGUAAGAAAAUUCGUUCGGACUGCCAACGUUGUAAAAUACGACGAGCUCAACCGAUACCACCGGCAAUGGGUGAUCUUCCAGAAGCACGCUUAGCAGCCUUCGUGCGUCCCUUUUCCUACAUUGGGAUAGAUUAUUUUGGACCUCUUCAAGUUGCAGUUGGUCGCCGAGUAGAGAAAAGGUGGGGCGUUCUGGUAACCUGCCUAACCAUCAGAGCCAUACACAUCGAGUUAGCUCAUUCGCUCAACACGGAUUCCUGCAUCAUGGCACUACGAAAUUGCUUUGCACGCCGCGGAGUUCCGAUCCAGAUAAUGAGUGACAGAGGGACUAACUUCAUCGGGUCGGAGAAGGAGUUGAAAAAAGCGUUGGCUGCAGUUGACCAAGAUAAAAUCAUGAAGGAAUUUACAUCCCCAACAACAUCAUGGGUGUUCAACCCCCCCGCUUCACCCCACAUGGGUGGCGCCUGGGAGAGGUUGAUACAGUCCGUAAAAAAGAUUCUGGCGGAGAUGCAGCCAACACGCCUGCCACGAGAUGAGGUGCUGAGGAACAGCCUAAUCGAAGUCGAGAACAUUGUAAACAGUCGACCGUUAACACACGUAUCUAUAGAUUACGAAUCUUCGCCUGCUUUAACGCCCAAUCAUUUUCUGGUGAAUUCAUCCAAUGGCCUCAAGCCACUUGUACCGUUUGACGAUCAUGUUGUGGCUCUAAAGCAAUCGUAUAAGACCUCACAGCUUCUAGCCAACAUUUUCUGGAGACGAUGGGUAAAUGAAUAUCUUCCAACUAUAACUCGCCGGACAAAGUGGUUCUCUCCGGCGAAACCCAUAUCGGUUGGAGACAUAGUAGUCGUCGUGGAUUCUAACCUACCACGGAACUGCUGGCCCAAAGGGAGGGUGAUAGAAACCGUACUCUCUAAGGACGGACAAGUCAGGCAGGCCACGGUGCAGACUAUCGGAGGUAUCUACCAGAGACCUGCAGUGAACAUCGCGGUGCUAGACGUCGGUGCAAACGCGGGUAAUCCGGACCAGGGACCGGCUACCGGGGGGGGAGUGUUGAGCAAGCCCCUCGUGCGCAGCGCACCUCGCUGUUCAGCACCUUGGUCCGUGAACGGACAACAGCUCGUAGCGGAAGGCACACUGUCAGUUGGAAGGAAACCACAUUAG